UCAGAAUCCAAACCUACUUUCUGCAUCAUUUUCAAACCCCCAAACGGAGAUCUAGAACAAAAAACGGUUACAGCUAUGGGGAGCACUGGAUUCUCAUGGAAACUUGCCGAUCAUCCGAAGCUACCGAAGGGAAAGCUGGUGGCGAUGAUUGUUCUAGACGGUUGGGGUGAAGCUUCUCCUGAUAAGUACAAUUGCAUUCAUGUUGCCGAGACUCCGACUAUGGAUUCUCUCAAAAACGGUGCCCCUGAUAAAUGGAGAUUGGUGAGGGCUCAUGGUACUGCUGUUGGGCUUCCCACUGAAGAUGACAUGGGAAACAGUGAAGUUGGACAUAAUGCUCUUGGUGCUGGAAGGAUAUAUGCUCAAGGUGCAAAGCUCGUGGAUCUUGCUCUUGCAUCUGGAAAAAUAUAUGAAGAUGAAGGAUUUAAUUACAUCAAGGAAUCUUUUGCAACAAACACCUUGCACCUUAUUGGAUUGAUGAGUGACGGGGGUGUGCAUUCACGCCUUGAUCAGUUACAGUUGUUGCUCAAAGGAGCUAGCCAGCGUGGCGCCAAGAGGAUUCGUGUUCACGUGCUUACUGAUGGGCGUGAUGUUUUAGAUGGUUCAAGUGUUGGUUUCGCUGAAAUACUUGAGGCAGAACUUUCAGAUCUACGAAGCAAAGGCAUUGACGCCCAGGUGGCUUCUGGUGGUGGACGCAUGUAUGUCACCAUGGAUCGUUAUGAGAACGAUUGGGAAGUUGUGAAACGUGGUUGGGAUGCUCAAGUUCUUGGUGAAGCCCCACACAAGUUUAAGAAUGUUGUUGAGGCUAUCAAGACACUUAGAUCGGCCCCUGGUGCUAAUGACCAGUACCUGCCCCCUUUUGUCAUAGUUGAUGAUAGCGGAAAGUCUGUGGGUCCCAUUGUGGAUGGUGACGCUGUUGUCACUUUCAAUUUCCGUGCAGACCGUAUGACUAUGCUUGCCCAAGCUCUUGAAUACGAGAAAUUCGAUAAGUUUGACCGAGUGCGGGUCCCAAAAAUCCGGUAUGCCGGUAUGCUUCAGUACGAUGGGGAGCUGAAGCUUCCAAGUCACUACCUUGUAUCUCCUCCAUUGAUAGAAAGAACAUCUGGCGAGUAUUUGGUACAUAACGGGGUCCGCACAUUUGCUUGCAGUGAAACCGUCAAAUUCGGUCACGUCACAUUUUUCUGGAACGGAAACCGUUCUGGAUAUUUUAAUGCCGAGUUGGAAGAGUAUGUUGAAAUUCCAAGUGAUAGUGGAAUUACCUUCAAUGUUCAACCAAAAAUGAAAGCUUUGGAGAUUGGUGAGAAAACCCGUGAUGCCAUCCUUAGUGGAAGAUUUGACCAAGUACGUGUGAACAUACCAAAUGGUGAUAUGGUUGGGCAUACUGGUGACGUUGAGGCUACUGUCGUGGCCUGCAAAGCAGCUGAUGAAGCUGUUAAGAUGAUUAUUGAUGCAGUAGAACAAGUGGGUGGAAUAUAUGUGGUUACUGCUGAUCACGGUAAUGCGGAAGACAUGGUUAAAAGAAAUAAAAAGGGUGAGCCUAUUCUCAAGGAUGGUGAGGUUCAGAUCCUAACGUCACACACUCUUCAGCCGGUGCCAAUUGCAAUUGGAGGGCCUGGGUUAGCAGCGGGUGUGAAAUUCCGUAAGGACGUGCCAAGUGGUGGGCUAGCAAACGUAGCAGCAACCGUGAUGAAUCUGCAUGGGUUUGUUGCACCUGAAGAUUAUGAGACGACUCUUAUUGAAGUUGUUGAUUGAUUAUGAGUAUGAAAAAGGUGGUUUUUAUUUUUGUUUGACCCAAUAAUUUGACGGAAAUAGUAAACAUAUGACUAUGUUUUGUUAAAUUUUCCUGAAAACAUUUGUUUGGGUUUUAGUGUC